CGUUAGAGGGCGAUGCUUUCUUUUACGAUAAGAUCCGUGUUGAUUUGUAAUGCCUGGCUCGGAAGGAAGACCACGCUGCUGUUGAAAUGGACGCCUUCGAGUUGUUUAGAAAACUCGGAGCUGGAGCUAAAUUUGAUCUGAAGAGGUUUGGACAAGAUGCCGCUCGGUUUAAGGUUGUCAAAACUCACGGAGAGGACUCGUCCUCAGAUCGACAUUUGGCAAUCGAUUAUUUCAGCAAAGGCGCAGCUAAUGGAGCCCAGAGCAAGAGUUGUGGACUGGAGAAGGAAAAGGAGGAGGAGAAAGUAACGGACCGACAGGAGGAGGAGAGUGACAGCGAUGAUUCUGGUGCAGGACUCAAAAGGAGGCGAAAAGAAGAGAGUGGAAUUAAGAAGAAGAGGAAAAAAAUAAAAAAAAAAGAAGCAGAAGCUGAGGAAUCAACUUUAAAAAACACAGAUGGAAGUGGCAUCACUUGGACGUCUUCACUGGAAAGAAAAAUUCAAAACCUUCCAGGGGAUAAGAAUGAGAAAAAAACGUUGAAAAGGCUUAAGCAGGAGCAUCAAACAAAGGUUAACCAUAUUCGCUCACAACACCGUAUAAAUGUCCACGGCUCUGACAUUCCCGACCCCGUCUGUACAUUUGAGGAUCUACAGUCUGAGUAUCGCCUCAACCCUCGUAUCCUUCAGAACCUGACAGACGCAGGGAUGAGCUCUCCAACGCCGAUACAGAUGCAGGCAAUACCACUGAUGAUGCAUGGCCGUGAACUCCUGGCCUGCGCUCCUACAGGGUCAGGGAAGACAUUGGCGUUUUGUCUUCCACUGCUCGCUCACCUGCAGCAGCCAGCAAACCUGGGCUUUAGAGCUGUGAUCAUCUCCCCGACUAGAGAACUGGCCAGUCAGACAUACAGAGAGCUGGUGCGUCUCUCAGAGGGAGUUGGCUUUAGAGUCCACAUCAUUGACAAAGCUUCUCUGGCAGCCAAGAAAUAUGGACCACAGUCAAGCAAAAAAUAUGACAUACUAGUCAGUACACCCAACAGACUCGUCUUCCUUCUAAAUCAGGAUCCUCCAGCUCUCGACCUCAGCCGUGUGGAGUGGUUGGUGGUGGAUGAGUCUGAUAAGCUGUUUGAAGAUGGUAAAACAGGCUUCAGGGAGCAGCUGGCUGCAGUGUUUCUGGCCUGUUCUGGGUCGAAGGUACGCAGAGCUUUCUUCAGCGCCACCUGUACUCUAGAUGUAGAUCAGUGGUGCCGACUGAACCUGGACAACCUGGUGUCUGUAAACAUCGGACACAGGAAUACGGCUGUGGACACGGUGAAACAGGAACUGCUGUUUGUUGGUACAGAGAACGGCAAACUGGUGGCCAUGAGGGACAUAAUUAAAAAGGGUUUUCUUCCUCCCAUGCUGGUGUUUGUUCAGUCAAAAGAACGAGCACGUGAGCUGUUCCAUGAGCUGGUCUACGAGGGAAUCAACGUAGAAGUGAUCCACGCAGAUCGGACACAGCAGCAGCGAGACAAUGUUGUGAACAGUUUCCGCUCUGGUAAAAUUUGGGUGUUGAUCUGCACGGCUCUGCUGGCCAGAGGAAUUGAUUUCAAAGGAGUCAACAUCGUCCUGAACUAUGACUUCCCCACCAGCGCAGUAGAAUACAUCCAUCGUAUUGGUCGCACAGGCCGAGCUGGACAUGAGGGGAGAGCAAUUACCUUCUUCACAGAAAAUGAUAAACCAAUGCUGCGCAGCAUUGCUAAUGUCAUCAAACAAGCUGGCUGCCCUGUUCCUGAUUACAUGACUGGCUUCAAGAAGACACACAGCAAAGUGAGGCAGAGACUUGAGAAGAAGCCUCCAAAUAGAAGCACCAUUUGCACAACGCCUCGCUUCUUAAUGAAGAAGAAGAUCAAGACACAUGGAGAGAAAGAACAGACGAAGGCAACAGAUGGAGAGCAGAGUGGUGAAAAGAAGACAAAAACACAGGGAGUUAAAAGAGGACAUAAAACACAAAAGGAAAUGGGAACAAAAAUGCACAAGAAAGUGUUACAGGAAUCAGGACAGAAAUCCUCUGGAGCAAAGAUUAAAAAGAAGGUAGUGAUGAAAAAGAAGCAAGAGAAACAGAGCAAUUGAUCCAAGAAGAACUGAUGAUUUCAUCAGUUUGUUUUAGUAUUUUAUAUGGCUCUGUAAACUGCCCACUUUCUAGUAUGUCCUUUGCAUAUCUGCAUAUAAAAUAAAUGGAUUUAUACUAAA